AACUUUCAAUAUGUAAAUGCUUUGCUUGUUUUGUUAUUUUACAAACUUCAUCACGAAAUCAUCAAUUUUACAAUUAAUAUUUCAUUCGACUCAAAAAAAAUACAAAAGACGUUUUACAAAAUUCCAAACCAGAAGAAAUGAAUUCGAAGGUAUCGUUUGACACUCUUUAUGAGACGGUCGGGAUGGUGAAGAGUCAGUCUCCGUCGGGUCCGGAACACGGCUUUCAUGAGAACGUACAGCUCCAAAUUGGCCUGAAGAACUACAAUCCCCAAAUCCAGCAACGAUUCAAGGGCAGUAUCCUGCUCCACCACAUCGCCAGACCGCAGCUGAGAGUGUGUGUUUUCGGUGACCAGAGACAUUGCGACGAGGCCAGGUCCAUUGGGGUGGACUUCCUCGAUGUGGACGACCUGAAGAUACUGGGCUGCGACAGGAAGUACGCCAAGAAAUUGGCCAAAGACUACGACGAGUUCCUGGUGUCCGAGUCGCUUACGAAAAUAGUGCCGAGGCUCUUGGGUCCUGGUCUCACCUAUGCCGGCAAGUUUCCCACUCCGUUGACUCAUCAAGAAUCAAUGAGGUCCAAAAUUGACGUAAUAUCCACCAGUUCGCUGCAGAUGAAAAAGAUCCUGUGCCUCAAUGUUAACGUAGGGCACGUAGGGAUGGAAAACGAAAAGCUCACCCAGAACAUCAACCUUUCGAUCCGAUUUUUGGUUUCCCUGCUGAAGGAAAAUUGGCGAAACGUGCGAUCGCUUCACAUAAAAACCGCCAUGGGUCAACCCCAAAGAAUUUACUGAGUAUUUAACAUGUUGGGGUAACUGCAAUGAAUGUCGGACUUUAUAUGUAUAUUUGUUAUUUCUAAAAACUGUUCUGUAAAUUAACAAUGAAAUUAUAAACGUAAGAAUUAUAAAUCAAAUAAUUG